AUGGAGGCAUUAAAGUCACUUACGAACUUCACUGACAAGUUUUACGAACAAAUAUUAAAUGAAACUCAUGGUCAAUGGAAAAAUGUUUUUCUCUCGCCGUUCAAUAUCUAUACUGCCCUCGGAAUGGUUCUUUCAGGCAGUGGAAACAAUACGAAAGCCGAGAUGAUAAAGGCAAUGCAAUUGUCUGACUGUUUAGAACAUGAUCAAGUUCAUCAUGAGAUUGCUCAACUUCUAAAUGAUUGUUCGAAACCUAGUGAAGGUGUUAAUAUAAUCCUUGCUAAUAGAUUGUUCGUUGCACAAAAUGUGAGAAUCAAAGAACAGUUCAAAACUAAUCUGAAGACAUACUACGAUGCUCCAACAGAACGUGUGGCAUUUGAGACUGACAUAGAAGGUUCUCGAAACCGGAUAAACCAGUGGGUUAGUAAACAAACUAAAGGACAAAUUCAAGAACUGCUUUCACCCGGUUCUUUAACAAAGGACACGUCUGCUGUAGUGACAGCUACUACAUACUUCAAAGGUUUAUGGAAUAUGUGUUUUCCUGAAGAUAACUCACAUACUAGCGAGUUUUAUGAAUUGAAUGGAUCAAAAAUGAGUGUGAAGUUGAUGUAUAACGAAUCAUAUUUCGAUAUGGUCAGUUUACCCCACUUGAGGUCACGUGCUGCGAAGAUACCAUUUAAAGACCCUAAGUUUACGUUAUUGAUCAUUCUUCCAGAUGCAAAUGACGGAUUGCCCGAUUUACUGGAUUCAAUGUAUAAACAUGGUGGAAUUUCUUCAAUACUUUCCACGAGUUUUCAAAAUACAAAAAUGCGUUUGUAUUUGCCUAAAUUUAGAUUAAGAGAAGGUUAUGCAAUAAAACUGAAAGAUCAUCUGCGGAAAUUGGGAAUAAACGAUGCAUUCUGUCCUUUAUCAGCUGAUUUUUCAAAUGUUUCUGACUCAGAUAGGAUGUGUAUAUCAGAUGUGAUGCAUAAAGCUGUUUUUGAAGUGGAUGAAAAAGGUGCAGUGGCGGCUGCAGCUACAGCAAUACUAACGGUAAAAUGCGCAGCUGUGAAACCUCACAAACCUGUACCAGAAUUUCGUGUUGAUCAUCCAUUCUUUAUUUCAAUUGUUUGGAAUAAUUGUCUACCAAUAUUUCUUGGACAUAUUACAUCACCAUUGAAUGACUAA